ACAGGCUUAAUGGUGGUAUGGAAGAUAAGUGAAUGAAUAAAACAUAUCCACAUGUUUAUUAUUAGGUUCUAAAUGGAACCCCUGAUAACUCUGGGCUCCAAGGAAAUACCUACCAUAGCAAAGUUGAAAAAUUAAUCUCUGGUAGACAUUUUACCCAAACAUGUAAAUCAACUCACAAACCAAGUACUAUCAGUGGAUUGUAUUUACAGAGUCUCUAUGUGUGUGUGAGUUUGUGUGUAUCAUGGGACAAAGUUCCCAAAGCUCAGUAAUGGUUAACAGAACAGUUUUGGAUGAGAUCACCGAACACCAGGCAUGAGGAAGAAACACCAUAGUUAACAUGCAUCCUCUUUGUGCGCUUAUGCACAGGAUCACCAGACUGAGGGUUUUCUGCUAUUCAACAGUUGACUGGGUGGACUGACAUAUUAAAUAUGGAGAUUCUUCCUCUGUUAGUGCUUGUUCUUUCAUGCUGGACUGAAGCUGCCAGAACACAGAUGAAGCUGACUCCUGCAAGCCUGACGAUUGUUGGAGGAGACGAGGCCAAAUUUAGGUGCAGCACCUCCAACACUGCUUGGACUGUUAUGACAUGGCUGCUAGGAAAUAGAGCAGUACUAUCCAUCGACAAGCAGAAUGGUGUUUUACCUACUGUCAACCCGAACGUGACAGCUGUAAAAUGUUCCAAAUCAAAUACAGAAUGCUGGGAGUUUAUCCUGAGACACACAGAGAGGAGCAACCAAGGACAGGUUGCUUGUGACCUGCAGCUCAUUGAUAGAAGGACAGCAGAGCUGUUUGUUCAAGAAAAGGGCAAUGUGAAGGUCUUCGGAGAGAACCGGUUGGCAUUUAAAGGGGAGCUGGUCCUGUUUCAGUGCCAAGCAGCAGGAUGGUACCCUGAACCCACUCUGCAAUGGCAUGUACAUGACAAAAAGGUGAGUCGGGAUGAAUACAACAUCAGCACAGAGGAGAAGGAGAAUCUCUUCGCUGUCUCCAGCAACCUUAGCAUCCAGGCCGGGAGGAGCUCUGUUGUUGGCUGUCUGGCCUCAGUGUCUGCCCUCAAAAAACCUCUGGAGAGCAGCGUCAACCUAACAGUGGUCGCUGAGGUGUUGGAGGAAGAGGAUGACUGCACAAUCCUUGUGGCAGUAACUGCAUCUCUCGCUGCUCUUCUGCUGCUUGUGCUACUCUCCAUCUGCACUGUCCUCUGCUACAGGCAAUGCAGAAAAGCAAAAAAAACCCCACAGGAUGUAUUAAGGUCCGACCAAUCGGGGUUUUGGGAAAGUUCAGUUGCUGAGGUGACAGGAGGGAAUGUCAACCAGGGCUUUUCCAGCGAGAGCACAACAGAUGUGGACAGCAGUGAAAUUAUCAUCGGAACUCGUAGCCAGAUGAGUUUUGACACCUUCCGCAAGAUCAUUCUCUAUAAAAUCCCAUCAGAUCAGCAGCUUAGAGAAUACUCAGAUCAGCCUGUCAGGUGCCAACAACCAUGUCACACUGAAAUUCACUUUCAUCGCCUUUCUUCCUCGACUGUAAUGCACUGUUUGAAUUUCUGGAAGUUGUUGUCACCACGAAAGGGAUUCACUAUUGUGCUGACAACUGAUUGAAUGGCUGACACAGAUCCUUAGUUUGGAAAUCACAUCUUGCCAGUGGACGUGAAGAAAGCGUUUGUCCCCUCUCUCCUGCAGCCAUGCUUUCAUUGUCUGUUUUCUCGCACCAAACGCCUGGCACUGAGGCAACAGGCUGUUAAAUAAAUAAAGUUUUCUUAGCAUGCCUGACACUUGCAGUGGUUAAAUAAGAUGCAUAUUACAUGGCUCACUUUUACUGUUUUGACCUUGUCUUCUCUUGACGCUUACUUGGAGCCUUGCAUUGGUGCCAAUUACACUCCACCAAGUGUAUUUAUGUAACUUAAAUGCUCAUCAGGUGAUCCUGGCCAGGGACUGAGAACCUUAUAAGGUUCUAUUCUUUCACUUCUCAUAACCGCAGCCAUCUACUUGUCUGGUAAACGCUGAUCUCUUUCUUGCAUGAUAUUCCUGUGCUGCUCAUCCUCAGUUGCUUCUCUGGCAACCACACUCUUACAUCAGCAUGCUAACUUUAGAGUGCAGGGGCAGCCUGAUUGUUAAGGAGGUGCCUACAUCCUCCUUGCAUGCAUCACAGGAAAGGCUUUUCCCUUUUCAACCAUUGGGGAUGGAAAGGGAAAAGUGGGCUGCUAAAGUGCAUCUUCUACCUUUACAGUGUUCUGUAUGCAAUUAGCAAGAAGUCACUGCUGUCGCUUUUUUUCUCUUUUUUUGCCGUAUGAAUAAAACAAGUGGAAACUUUGCGUAAUGGCUCUCUGGAGGGCAGCGUGAUGUCUCCAGUGGCUUGUUAUGCUUUUCUUCCUACUUCCUGUUCGCCAGGCUCCAUUAGCAAUCCGAGUACUGAAGUGCUGCUAGGAGAACAGAGCACGUCAAAGCCACACACUCACAGGAAUCUGUCUCGCCAUUUUAAAGAACAAGGUUAGGAAAGUGAAGUCAUUCUUCUCAUUAGUCAAUAUAUAAAACAACAUCAAGAAUGGCAAGGAGGACUUUUGGUGGCAGCUAUUUUUAGCUGUGAACACUCAAACAAUGAAUUGUCAUACUUGUUCAUUAUGCUCAUGUUGAUGACACAGACAGUGCAAUGCAGAGCUGAGAAACUGUUUUCUAGUAAGUCCUACACACUUUUUGUAGAUCUGCUGUACAUUAAGAAAAUGUACAUUAUGUAAAGACUGCAGAAAAAGAAACAAAAAAAUAAAUAAAAGUUGUCAACAUGGU